AUGGUUGCUGAGAUCGCCGGAUAUGACGAGGCUGCUGCAACCGCUCUUUUCGCUUCUCAAGCUCAAUUCCUUUUAGCAUGUCAAUUCGCUUCCCUCGUCCUCGAGACUCUUUUCGCUGGUAUUCUAGCCAUGCAGGUUUAUACAUAUUUUAAAUAUCAGUGGAAUGACAAACUCUCGACCAAGAUCUUGGUAGCUUGGGUCGCUAUCAUGAACCUCGUCGUCUCAAUCUAUUACUGGGUUUACAUCUCGUAUCUGUUUGUGGAGAACUAUGGGAAGUGGCUUCCAUGGCUCGAGGUCAGAUGGUUGGCACUCAUGCCCUUAUUUGAUGUCCUCGCCGUCGCCCCGGUUCAAUUGUUCUUCAGUCAUCGAGCUUUCCUACUCUCGAAACGAAGCUGGCCUCUGUUGGUAUUAUUCAUUUGCUUGAUCAUUGCUGCCGCGAUCGGAGGUCUCGGCGUGACGGUCGUGUUCGGAAGCCAAGCCUCUUUGUUGGAUGCUAACAAGUCUGGUGCAUGGCUGAUCAUUUGGAACGCUUGCAAUUGCGCCUGUGAUGUGAUCAUCGCCUUCGUUAUCAUGGUCACGCUUCUCCGAUCGAAGUCUGGCUGGUCGCACACCGACAGAGUCAUCACCAAAUGGGUUCGAUUGACCUUCGAGGCUCAAUUGCCCCCGACGUUCCUUUCGUUGGCGUACGUAAUCGAGUGGUCCCGAACUCCUUCUUCUCUCCUCGGUGCCUUGUUCCAAUGUCUCGAAGGAAAAGCCUACGCCGUCGGUCUUCUCUUCUCCCUCAAUGCUCGAGUUGCCAUGCAAACCCAGGCGGAGAAGCCCACCAACCCUAGUUACCAGACCCCUCAGGUCUUUGGCCAUUCGCGUACUGCCGGACCGGCGGAGAUUCAUGUGGAAGUGGAGACGCAGACCUACGUUCAGGGAGAACCGGUGCACCAGAGGAAGGACGACUCUUCGAUCGAAGAAGGGGAUCAAUAUCAAAUGAGCAACUUAGCCUAUGGAUCUCAAGCCAGGUUGACAGACGGCGAGAAGGUCUAA